CGGCAAAGGCCAUUGAUCGCGCGCGCCAUCGGUUACAUUUCCAUGCACGCGCCGCGCCAUUACCGCCGGCCAACGAGUAGCUAGGCGCGCGAAGACACGAUCGAUCUGGUGCGUGCGCGGAGUGGUCGAUGGCGUCGGCGGCGGGGACGACGACACAGAGGCGCGUCGGCGACGACGUGGAGUCUCAGCGGGAGCAGGGCGACGAUGGUAGUAGCCGCCGCGAGCAAGAGCAAGAGCAGCGACGGCCUCUGCUGGACGAAGAACGGCGGCGCUCCUUGGCCGCGGACGACGGCGGCGGGAUGAGCCCGGUCCAGCGUGCCAUCAGCCAGACGUACCAGAGCACGGCGCACCUAGCGAAGCUGCUGCCGACGGGCACGGUGCUGGCGUUCCAGCUGCUGUCCCCGGUGGUGACGGCGGAGGGCCACUGCGCGCGCGCCAACCGCGCCAUGGCCGCCGCGCUCCUGGCGCUCUGCGCGCUCUCCUGCUUCGUGCUCAGCUUCACCGACAGCUUCCGUGACGCCGCCACGGGCGCCGUCCGCUACGGCUUCGCCACCUCGCGGGGGUUAUGGGUCAUCGACGGCGGCGCGCCGCUGGACGACCCGCGCGCCGCGGCGGCGUACCGGAUCCGGUUCCUCGACCUAGUGCACGCCGUGGUGUCCGUCAUGAUCUUCGCCGCCGUCGCGCUGCUCGACCAGAACGUCGUCACCUGCUUCUACCCCGUGCCGUCGGAGGACGCCAGGCAGGUGCUCACCGUGCUACCCAUCGCCAUCGGCGUCGUCGGGAGCAUGCUGUUCGUCACCUUCCCCACCACCCGCCACGGCAUCGGGUUCCCGCUAUCUCAGCACUGAUUAAUAACUUAUUAGUAGAAUGAUCGAUUGCAACCUGUUUGAAACUUAUUUGUAUGUACUCUUAUACCCAUUUAUAUUUCCGGUUGUAAAUAAAUGGCACAAAAAAAAGAUUGUGAACUCCAUUGAAGGAGACAUAUAUGAGUAUAUAUAGCUAGAUCUAGAAACA